AUGUCUGACGACGUUUCGGUACAAUCUCAUGUACCAUCUUCAGGUCUUAUCUGCUGGGCUGCUGUUGCUGCUCUGCUGCGAGUUAGACGUGUAACGUUUAUAAUACAAAGAAUGGAUCAAGAAGGCCCGACAAUAGACUUUGUGAUAUCAACCACAAUGGGUGAAAAGUUGUCGGGAGAGUUUCAGGGUCAUCAGUACCCUGACUGUGGACCGCACAUCUUUACAAGUCAAUUGAAAUCCAACGAAGUGAGCUUGAAUUGGACUUUUCAGGCCAGCGUGGACUACACGAGACCUAAUAUAACUUUUCAGUUGAAAUAUCGCUAUGACAAGUACACCUAUCAAAUUUUAUAUACGUAUCCUAUAAUGGAAGAUUGCCAACUUUAUCUGCGAGAGGAAGAAGCCGAGUUUGGCCACAGAGAUAUACCCCAUACAUCAGACUGCCAAGUGUGGUUUCCGAUUCGCGAAUCGGGUCACGGCCUCGUCAUCGAGUUGUUAAAAUUAAACGUUCCCUGUUCAAAGGGUUACAUUCACUUUUCAGGUCUAAACGUGACCCAGCAUCAGCAUUUUCGCACCCAUAAACAGACGCAGAUCUGCGGAAAGCUCGAGGAACUGCCGGAUUCUGACCGUCAUAUUUACUUUCCAUCCUCGCCUAUGUCACCUUUUAUGCAGGUUCAUGGUUCUCCAAUAUUCAGUUUGAAUUACCAUUUAGUGGAUUACUGUUACAACGUAACGUUUGUAGCAAAAAACGGCUCCUUUGAACUAAAGCCAAGUGGAGAGCUGCAGUGCACGUUUAAAAUUUACCUUCCUUAUGGUAAUCGAGUGGCUAUGAAUUUACAAAUCGGAGAUAGUACAUCUACUGGCUCUCCCGAGACAGGCUCAAGUUUCCAGGACAACAAAAACAGCGACAGCUUGUGCAACGGGUUGCUCACCCAGCUCCACGACGGCGGCAACACAUGGUCCCAUUGCACGAUAGCGGGAGACGCGGAGAGACAGAUCGAAAUGGUGUCGAGGGAAAACAAAGUAGUGCUAAAAGUAUCUGUGCGUAGUGGAAGUGGGGGCGCGUUGGGAUUACGGAUGACGUACCGAGCGGAGCCGGUCGAAAGUAUCGUGGGUAUGUGCGGUUUCGGAUGGGUGGCACUUCGCCAAUUUUGUGUGUCCGCUCCGGAAGGACCCCGCCUGCCUUGGGCGCAGGCUGAGAUGGAAUGCACUCGCAGAGGAGGACAUCUGGCCAGCAUCAGGAACCAACACGAUCAAGCAGUUGUCGAUAGCCUACUUCUAAACAGGUUGGUUAAAAUUUAUGUUUAUUUACGUCUUUUUUGA